AUGAUCGAGGACCAAAGGUCACUGAGGGUAACACCGCCAGUUAUCGCAUCUGGUGUGAGUGUCAAGCAGACCACAUCUAGCAUCAUUGUUGACGCGAAGCUGGGACUGACGGCUAUUUGGAACUUGGAUGACUCCAUUGGUAUUGAAUUAGACAGCAAAUACCAGAAUCAGGUCUGUGGGCUAUGUGGAAACUUUGAUGGCAAGCCCAAUGAUUUGAUGAAAGAAGGUUCACUCCAGGCUGUGGCAGACUACGCAGACACCAACAAGGUCAAUGAUCCAACAACAGUGUGCGAGGAAUCUGACGCCAAAUCACUCACGGGCUGUGGAAAUAAGCAAUUCUGCGAGCAGAUCUUCAGCAGCGCUCUAUUCAGUAACUGCGCCGACCGUCUGGAUGUAGAAGCCUUUACUAAAGCCUGCAUGUCGGAUUUGUGCCACUCGGAAAACAACGGCCAACACUACCUCUGCCAAACCAUUUCAGAGUUCUCAAGAGAAUGCGUUCAUGCGGGUGGCAUCCCCCAACAAUGGCGAAACUCCACUUUCUGCCCUAAAACGUGUCCUUACAACAUGGUGUUCAUGGAGUGCAGCAGCUCAUGUCCUGAUACAUGUUCCAACCCUCAGUCCAGUCAAACAUGCGAACACCACUGCUAUGAUGGAUGCAGCUGUUCUGCCGGUAGACAAAAACCCUACACAUGCGAGCAUGCACACUCUUACUCCAGAUGA